AUGGCACCCUCCGCCCUCAGGCUCUCCUACCAGUGGGAACGAAUCAUGACGCUGUUUCUUCCGACCCUCGUCGCCGCCACGUCCUCCCGCGCCGUCGGUUCGUCCAGCGUCUCGUCGUCGUCGUCGUCGUCGUCGUCGUCGUCAUCGUCGUCGUCACCGCUCUCCGUCACCGCCCAAGACGCCGUGGACGACGCCGCGGACGACCCGACGUCGACGAACCGCGCGAGCUCGAGCGCGACGCACAGAACGCCCGCGACGCCGCUCGCGGAGGCGGUGCGAGCGGCGAGCGAGGACGCCAUGACGCGGAUCUUUGAGUUUCGCGGUGGCGCCAUGAAGCCGUCGCUGGGCUCGACGAACGACGCGAGGGGGAAGAGCGCGGGUUCGUCGCUGGGAGAGAAAGAAUACUUACUGACGCGUCGAUUGGCGCAUCCGUUUCGAAGCGCGCGCGUCGGGGACGUCGUCGCGUUCGCGCACCCGAGCGGAGAUUCGCGAACGCUCGUGCGAAGAGUGAGCGCGUUGGAGGGCGAUGAGUUGGUGGACGUGACGAACGCGAGCGUGUACGUGGUGCCAAAGGAUCACGCGUGGGUGACCGCGGAUGCGGACGCGGACGGGGAGGUGGUUGGGAAGAAGGGGCGACACGAGGACUCGAGGUCGUUCGGUCCGGUGCACGCGCGGUCGCUAGAGUGGCGAGUAAUUUAUUCGUUGAGAAGCGCGGCUGAUCACGGGGCGGUGGAGAACAGCGAGCUCGCGCGAGUCGCGGACGCGCCCGUCCUCGAGGCUGAGCUCGAGCGGGCGCUGGAGACGCUCGGGUACGAUUGA